AGUUACGAAACAUUUUUACUAAAAAUAUCCUUACCAUGGCAGUAAUACCUAUUUCUCUGCUGUGGCUGGCACGCAUUAUCUCCCCGCUUCUUUGCUGUGGCUGGCACGCAUUUUACAAUAUUAUUUAUCCAAGGAAUUUCUUGUCAACUAAUGCUGGCAAUUCAUCCUCAUCAUUUCUGGCGGUGAAGUUUGUUUAUGGUGGUGGUUUUGAUAGAACUGCUGUGCAUCGGGAAGAACAUUACCUACACGUGUCUUUUGCUAAAAUAAAAAAAAUUAAUUAAUCUUAAACUAUACAUUCUCGGGUGAAGAUGCUCACAGGCUUGGAUAUAUCAUCGUAAUAAAUUUGAGGGUGACAAGAAAUGUCACCACGCAAGGGAUAGUAAUCGUC